CUGAGAGUUGACAUGGCUUGACUGAUCUCCGGAGGGAAGUUUCAGGAAAUGCAACAGGUGGAGGAGCGGAGGGAAUCACCCGUGUGCUGUCCUCUCGUUAGCGUCCCGGGUUAGCUGUGUGUUCUUCAAGGUGCUCCUGCGAGAGUCGGACAGAGAAACUACUGCUUGUUUACACGGUGUCACCAUGGAUGACAACAGCCUCAACGAUGCCAACGUGAAGGUCGCCGUUCGUGUGCGACCAAUGAACAGGAGAGAAAAAGACCUAAAGACAAAAUGUGUGGUGGAGAUGGAGGGGAACCAGACAGUCCUGCAUCCGGCCAACACCAACAUGAGCAAAGGAGACCCCCGAAAUCAGCCAAAGGUGUUCGCCUAUGACCACUGCUUCUGGUCGAUUGAUGAAUCUCAGAAAGACAAGUUUGCAGGUCAGGACGUCGUGUUCCAGUGCCUUGGGGAGAGUCUGCUGGACAACGCCUUCAUGGGCUACAACGCCUGCAUCUUUGCUUAUGGACAGACAGGCUCUGGGAAGUCGUACACCAUGAUGGGCACUGCGGAGCAGCCCGGUCUGAUCCCCCGACUCUGCAGCUCCCUGUUCAGCAGGACCGUGCAGGAGGCCCGAGAGGGAGAGGGCUUCACCGUGGAGGUCUCCUACAUGGAGAUUUACAACGAAAAGGUCCGAGACCUGCUCGACCCCAAAGGAAAUCGACAAGCGCUGAGAGUGAGAGAGCACAAAGUCAUGGGGCCUUAUGUUGACGGCCUGUCUCGCCUGGCUGUGGCCUGCUACAAGGACAUCGAGUCUCUGAUGUCAGAGGGAAAUAAAUCUCGCACUGUGGCGGCAACAAAUAUGAAUGAAGAAAGCAGCAGAUCCCACGCUGUGUUCAACAUCAUCCUCACACACACACUCAUGGACCUAAAGUCUGAGACGAGCGGAGAGAAGGUGAGCAAGUUGAGUCUGGUGGAUCUGGCCGGCAGUGAGCGGGCAGCAAAGACCGGAGCGGCGGGGGAACGUCUGAAAGAAGGGAGCAACAUCAAUAAGUCCCUCAGUACUCUGGGUUUAGUUAUCUCUGCCUUGGCUGACCAGGGAGCAGGGAAGUACAAGAGCAAGUUUGUUCCCUACAGAGACUCUGUGCUCACCUGGCUGCUCAAGGACAGCCUGGGAGGGAACAGCCGCACGGCAAUGGUGGCCACCAUCAGCCCCGCCGCAGACAACUACGACGAGACGCUGUCCACCCUGCGCUACGCCGACAGGGCCAAAAGCAUCGUCAACCACGCCAUCGUCAACGAGGACCCCAACGCCAGGAUCAUCCGAGAGCUCCGGGAGGAGGUGGAUAAACUGAGGGAGCAGCUAACGGAGGCCGAGUCUAUGAAAGCCCCCGAGCUGAAGGAAAGGCUGGAGGAGUCUGAGAAACUCAUCCAAGAGAUGACAGUCACCUGGGAGGAUAAACUCAUGAAGACUGAGGCCAUUGCACAGGAGCGCCAGAGGCAGCUGGAGAGUCUGGGCAUUUCCCUGCAGUCCUCUGGAAUCAGAGUGGUGGAUGACAAGUGUUUCCUGGUCAACCUAAAUGCUGACCCCGCCCUCAACGAGCUGCUGGUCUACUAUCUGAAGGAGCACACUCGCGUUGGCUCAGCCGACUCCCAGGACAUCCAGCUGUGCGGGAUGGCCAUCCAAGCGGAGCACUGCGUCAUCGACAUCAGCAAGGACGACGGCGUGGUGCUCAGUCCUCACCGCAACGCUCGAACAUGUGUGAACGGUGCUGCAGUCACCAGUCCAGUGCAGCUUCACCACGGCGACCGCAUCCUGUGGGGAAACAACCACUUCUUCAGGAUUAACCUGCCGAGGCAUAUGGUCCAUGCUGGGGGCGAGGACGAGGAGAGCGGUGCUGUGAUGAAGACGUGUUUGAGCACAGACCGGCUGGAGGCGGACUUCGAUGCGGCCAGCGACGUGUCCAGCGAGCUAAGUUUUGGCUACGAGUUCGCUCAGACCGAAGUCAUGAUGAAAGGCAUGGGCAACAACGACCCUUUGCAGUCGGUGUUACAGACCCUGGAGAGGCAGCAUGAGGAGGAGAAACGCUGCGCCCUGGAGCGGCAGAGACAGAUGUACGAACAGGAGCUGCAGCAGCUCCGCCAGAGGCUCACCCCGGAGAAACCCUCCCACCUCCUGGACUCGGCAGGCCCAGCGGCGGGUGCCACUGCUGCGGCGUCAGCCGGCUCCCACAAGCGGGUGCGGCGCUGGAGCGAGGACAGAGAGGCAAUGAUGACUCGCAGCCUGCGGCGCCUGAGGGAGCAGAUAGUUCGGGCCAACCUGCUGGCACAGGAGGCCGGCUUCAUAGCCGAAGAGCUGAGCAAGAGGACGGAGUACCUGGUCACUCUGCAGAUACCUGCUUCCAACCUGGAUGCCAACAGGAAGCGUGAUGUAGUGUUGAGUGAGCCGGCCAUCCAAGUUCGCCGUAAAGGUAAAGGGAAGCAGAUCUGGGCUCUUGAAAAGAUGGAGAACAGACUGGUGGACAUGAGGGAGCUCUACCAGGAGUGGAAGGACUUUGAUGAAGACAACCCUGUGAUGAGGUCCUAUUUCAAACGUGCAGACCCGUUCUUCGAUGAACAGGAGAACCACAGUCUGAUUGGUGUGGCCAACGUUUUCCUGGCCUGCCUGUUCAAUGACGUCAAGCUGCAGUACGCAGUGCCCAUCAUCAACCAGAAGGGAGAGGUGGCUGGUCGGCUGCACGUGGAGGUGUGGCGAGGAACAGAGGGCUCCGAGGAGGGACGUCCACACCCGUCUGACAUCCAGCUGAGCAACACAGACGGAGACCAACAAGAGCGAAAACUGGACUGUGUGGUGAAAAUCCUCCACGCCAAUGGUCUGCCUCGUCACCUGUCCAACUUCGUCUUCUGUCAGUACCAUUUCUGGGGGCAGGAGGAGUCAGUGUUCAUCGCUCCAGAGAUGCAGCCGUCCAGCUCCUCCUCCUCCUCCACAGACCCUCAGUGCACUGUGGUCUUUGACAGCGCCAAGGAGUCGUCUGUGACUGUGUCGGAGGACUUUUUGGAAUAUCUGGCAGAGGGGGCGGUGGCCAUUGAAGUGUUCGGUCACAAGCAGGCCAACCAUCGCAGGAACCUGGCACUGUGGGACCUCGGAGUGAUUCAGGCCAAGACCCGCACCCUCAGAGAAAGGUGGAGCGAGGUGACCCGCCACCUGGAGUUGUGGGUGCAGCUGAUGGAGCUGAACGAGGCAGGAGAGUUCACAACUGUAGAGGUUCUUCCCGCUAAAGACGUUCGCACGGGGGGAGUCUUCCAGCUCAGACAGGGGCAGUCCCGUCGGGUCCGGGUGGAGGUUCGUUCAGUACCAGACUCGGGCACCAUGCCCCUCAUCGCUGCCUCCAUUUUCGCUGUGUCCAUCGGAGACGUCAAGGUCCGACAGAUCCCCAAAGGCAGCGGAUCACAAUGGGGUGAGGAUGAGGAAAUGGACAGCUACCAAGAGGUAGACUUGGAGAGGUUGAGGGAACAGUGGCUGUUCACGCUCACUCAGAGGCAGGAGUAUCUGGACCAGCAGCUACAGAAGAUAGUCUGCAAACCAGAUAAGUCAGAGGACGACGUGGAACGGGAGUCCCAGCUGCUGGAGUGUCGCCUGACGCUCACCGAAGAACGCAACGCUGUGUUGGUGCCGUCGGCGGGCAGUGGCAUCCCCGGAGCGCCCGUGGAGAGGGUCCCUGUCUCUGGAAUGGAAACACACAUUCCUGUCCUGUUCCUGGAUCUCAGCGCUGAUGAUUUUCAGUCCAGUCUGUCAGCCCCACUGGCCGGAGGGCUGGAUGCACUGCUCAGUGGGGAGGAGGAGGACGACUUCUUUGACCUUCAUAUCGUGAAACACUAUGAUCCAGAGGUGAAGGUGGAGGCCUCCUGGGACUCGACGGUCCACGACUGCCCCCAGCUGAGCCGCGUGGCGUCGACCGACCAGAGGGUCUACCUGACGGUCAGCGCGGUGGUUCAGCUGAGCCACCCGGCCGACAUGCAGCUGGUGCUCAGGAAACGCAUCUGCGUCAACGUCACCGGUAGACAGGGUUUUGCUCAGAGCCUGCUGAAGAGGAUGUCUCAGCGCAGCACCAUCCCAGGCUGCGGCGUCACCUUUGAAAUCGUUUCUAACAUCCCAGGGGACAUCCACGGUCCAGAGGACAGGGAGAUGCUGGCCAGGCUGGCUGCCAGCACUGAGGACGACCAGUCGGCUGACAGCGAGGCGGCCAUAGAGAAAUACCUCCGCAGCGUCCUGGCUGUGGAGAACAUCCUCACUCUGGACAGACUCAGACAGGAGGUGGCUGUGAGGGAACAGCUGGCAGUCAGAGGAAAAGCUUCCAGACGCUGCCUGAGCUCUCCAAACAUCAACCGGCUGUCAGCCAGCAGUCUGGAUCUCUACUCCUCUACUCACAAGCUCAAUGUCUUCAAGGGCUGGGAGAGCCACCAGGACCUUUCUUUUGUUCCUCCUUCAUCUAGACGCACUCUGCCCAGCUCCAUAUCCCAGAACCUGAACCCAGAGACAGUGCAUUCAGGCUUUGCUGCCUCUUAUCUCCCUCCAGUAAAGGCCGUACCCAAGCUGCUGAAGUCGCUGCUACCUGGUGGGAGGGAAGAUUGUCGGGACCAGACAGCUGUCCAUCAUCAGCAGAGCGUGCCUCGCAUCAUGGUGCAGUCGGCCAGUGUUGAAGAGGGCUUGAGCAAACAUCAGCAGCCGGUUCCUAUUGAGGAAAUCAGUCCUCCCGAUUUCCAAGCCGAGAGCCCCAGAUCCGUGCCCCUCCCACCGCCAAUCAUCCCGGAGACAGAAGAGUCCGCCCCCAGCCCGGUGAGUGAAGCAUCGAGUGGAUACAUGUCGACCAGAAUAUCUACAGCAGCGCUGUCAGACGUCUACACGCUGAGCUGGGACCUGCCUGUGUCGCCCAGCAGCAGAACCAACGGCUAUGCGGGGGUGCCAGAGGAAGAGGAAGAGGAAGAGGACAUUGAAGUGACACAAUAUGACACAUACUCUGAGUUUCUUCACGUGGACCAAUCAGAGCCUCAGGAGUCACUGCUGGUUUUGGAUGAUGAGGCAGCUGAAGAGAGGACUGACACGCCACCCGCAAAACCAGACGACACUCCGUCGGAUUCGUACCUGGGUCAAGAACCAAAUCAGUCUCUGCCGGUCCAGUUGAUGGAGCAAGGAGAGCCUGAUUCAGUUGCAGAAUCAGACUUGCUAUGCCAGACCAAACCAAAGCAAGACUCAGCAACUGACCCUAUUGGAUCAGAGCAAUUAGACGAUUCAGAGCCACCUGAAGAUUCAUUGUUAGUACAAGAGAAAGAAACCAAGCAGACAGAAUGUUCACAAACAGACCCCUCAAAACCAGAAACCCUUCUGACAGAAGAACUCGAGCUAGAUGCCACAGACAAGACAGAAUCUGAGCUGUCUGUACAAGAUGAUCAAAGUCAGUCUGAAACAAUCGUCCCACAGCUGCCCAAACGAGACCAAACGACCUUCAACAGUGCUCAAGAUCCAGCUCCAGAAUUGGUCCCAGUUGAGUCUGAAGUCUUGGUCACAGCUCCUGCCCCAUCUGAAGAGAUGGUUCUUCUAGCUUCGUCCAAAGAACAAGCCACUUCUGAGGCCUCAAACCCAAGUGGCAUCUGCAUGCCGACUUCACCUUCAACCGUAGAUGAAGUCCAACAGGAAACAACUGUCAACGCAUCAAAGAAAGCCGCCUCAGCCCCAGCUCCUUCUCCGCCCAGUGUUCAGAUCCUCAAACCCGAUGCCUUGGUGGCAAACCCCUUUAAGAUCCAGAAAGUGAAGUCUUCAGACCUCAAGUCCUUCCAGCGUAUUGUGGGCGAGGAGGAGGAGGAAAAGCCUUCACAGGAGGACGGAGCCAGCAGCCCCAGGGCAGGACUCAACCUCUCCGUGCCGAUGGGAAGCCUGGAAAUUAUCUCCGACUGUGAGGAAGGAGAUGCGGCGGCAGUUCUUCCCGACUGGCUGAAAGAAGGGGAGUUUGUGACUGUGGGGAACAACAAGAGCGGCACCGUACGGUACGUUGGACCCACAGAUUUUGCAGAAGGUGCCUGGGUGGGUGUGGAACUGGAGGUACCGGCAGGAAAGAAUGACGGUUCAGUGGGAGGCAAGCACUACUUCCACUGUAACCCCGGUUACGGCGUGCUGGUAAGGCCGGACAGGGUGAGCAGGGCCGGCGGCAAGCGGCGCCGGCAACAGCAAAAGCGCCGUAGUGCCAACUUGUCUGGAUCCAGCCCGAACCUGGCGGCACUUACCGCUCUGGCCAAAGGCGAAGGUGGAGGGGCAUCGACCGGCCGACACAGAGGAGAGAACCGCAAGUCUUGGAAUACUUGAGAGGCCCAGAAUCUGCUUAAUGGCUGACUAUCAGACACCCGCAUGCUGCAGCUGGUUGACGUGAUUAUAGGGUAAGCUUUAAGAAAGAGUGACAACACGCUUUUAUUUGGGCUGAUCGACUUCAGGCUUCACUGCAUCUGGUCCUUUACUGUAAGUUUGGGCGACAAACGAUGAUUCAGUCCACACUGCUCUGUUGGGUGAGGGAACCCUCUCACCCGUCGCAUGUAAGGACUGUAGCAUACCUAAUUUACUUAGACAUUGAAAUCUACAAGAAACUACUGUUUUAUCAGAAAAUGACAAUGAUUUUUAAGUGUGUCGAUGCAAAAAUACAAUUUUCUCAGUGAUUCAUUUCAAAGGACUCGGCACAUCUUUUCUUUAAAAAUAGGUUUUUCACCUGCCAGGCAAAAGACUGUUAAACAAAUCUAAAGUUCACUGGAUAACUUAACACCGUGAGACUCCAAAGGUUACACGACACCUUCAUGUGCUCGUAUUUCUACUGUUUAUGAUGUAUCACACAGCUGCAUGUAUUGGAUUGACUUCCGACAUUGUUUUAAACCUCUCGGUGUCGUUAAUUUUAUUUGCGUGCCUUUUAAAAAAAAUAUUACGACUACUACUUCGAUGUGCCUUAGUGAAAUACCACCAACCUGCUGUAGACGGUUUAAAAACUGUUUAACUGGAGCUUAUUUUGGCUCUUGAAUGUGUAAUCUACUGUUUUAGAAAGGAAAAAAAAACUUGCACUCACUUUUUGACAAAUUCUACUGACAUUUUGCAACUUUUUUAAUCAACUUAUGUGUCAAUUGAUUGGAAGUGACCUCUUUUAAAUAGAAUAUUUUGGGGAUAUUUCUUUUCCACUAGAAACUUUUGAAUUAUACUGUGUGCAUGGGGAUACUUGAGUGAUUAUGGUAUUAAUUUUUGUGAUUAUGGUAUUAAUUUUUGUCUGUUAAACAAGAUAUUUUAUACCAUGCCUGAAUGCUUAUUUAUUUAAAGAAGACAUGAUAUUGAUGGUGAGAAGCAAAAUCACCUUUUUAUAUUGUUGAAUAAAUUUCA